AUGAAUAGCUGGUUCCUGGAACACUGGAUAUUGGUGAUUCUUCUCCUCUGGCCUUUCCUUAAAGUUACAGAGAACUUCCAAGCUAGGAGGAAUCAAAGAUCAGCAUCAUCUACUGGGAGAGCUAAGCGUGGCUGGGUGUGGAACCAAUUUGUUGUAUCAGAGGAAAUGGAUACUAGACAACAUGUUGGAAGGCUAAUAUCUGAAUUAGACAAUGGAAAUCACACUUUCCAGUAUAAACUACUGGAAACUGGAGCUGGAAGCUUCAGCAUUGAUGAAAGAACAGGUGACAUAUUUGCCAUACGGAAGCUCAAUAGAGAGGAGCAAUCUCUCUACAUCCUAAGAGCCCAAGUAAUAGACACCACCACUGGAAAGGCUGUGGAACCCGAGUCUGAGUUUGUCAUCAGAGUUUCGGAUAUCAAUGAUAAUGAACCCAAAUUCCUAGAUGAACCUUAUGAGGCCAUUGUACCAGAGAUGUCUCCAGAAGGAACAUUUGUCAUUAAGGUAACAGCCAAUGAUGCUGAUGACCCUACAACUGGCUAUCAUGCUCGAAUCGUCUACAACUUAGUACAAGGCCAACCAUAUUUUUCUGUUGAACCUACAACAGGAGUCAUAAGAAUAUCUUCUAAAAUGGAUAGAGAAUUACAAGAUGCAUACUGUGUAAUUAUCCAAGCCAGAGACAUGCUUGGUCAGCCUGGAGCCUUGUCUGGAACAACGACUGUAUCAAUAAUACUGUCUGAUAUUAAUGACAACAAACCAAUAUUCAAAGAAAGUUUCUAUCGCUUCACUGUAUUGGAAUCUGCACCCAGUGGAACAUCUAUUGGAAAAAUUAUGGCAUAUGAUGAUGACAUAGGAGAGAAUGCAGAAAUGGAAUAUAUCAUUGAAGAGGAUGAUUCACAAACAUUUGACAUCAUCACUGAUAACGAGACCCAAGAAGGUAUAAUUAUACUAAAAAAGAAAGUUGAUUUUGAGCACCAGAGCCACUAUGGCAUUAGAGUUAAAGUUAAAAAUUGCCAUGUGGAUGAGGAACUUGCAUCAGCCCAUGUAAAUUCCUCUUCGACGUACAUUAAAGUUCAAGUGGAAGAUGAAGAUGAACCUCCAGUUUUUCUCUUACCAUAUUAUAUAUUUGGAAUUCCUGAAGAAAAGCCAUAUGGAUCAAUUGUUGGAACAGUAUCUGCUAUAGACACAGAUCGAAAACAAUCUCCUAUAAGAUAUACACUCACUGGAAGCAAAAUAUUUCAUAUCAAUGACAAUGGAACAAUAAUUACCAAUAACGUGCUUGACAGGGAGGUCAGUGCUUGGUUCAACCUGAGUGUUAUAGCUACAGAAACAUACAAUGUCCAACAGAUUUCUUCAAUUCCUGUGUAUGUACAAGUUUUUAAUAUUAAUGAUCAUGCUCCUGAAUUCAAUCAAUACUAUGAGACUUAUGUUUGUGAAAAUGCUGAAUUUGGUGAGAUAAUUCAGACCAUAAGCGCAAUAGACAGAGAUGAGUCCAUUGAACAUCACCAUUUUUACUUCAAUCCCUCUGUGGAAGACAGAAAUAAUUCAAGUUUUCUACUAAGAGACAAUCAAGAUAACACAGCUGUAAUUCUGACUAAUAGAAUGAGUUUUAACCUUAAAGAAGAGCCUGUCCUCUCCAUGAUCAUCUUAAUUUCUGAUAAUGGAAUCCCAUCUCUUACAAGCACAAACACCCUCACUAUACAAGUCUGUGACUGUGGAGAAAGUGCAAGCACAGAGGUGUGCAUUAAAAAGGGACAUCUGCUAAUCAUGAAAUUCAAAACUGAAGUAAUAAUUGCUAUCCUGGUAUGCAUUGUGGUAAUAUUUGGGUUUAUCUUUUUGAUGCUGGCUAUGAAACAACGAAGAAAUCUAAUCCUAUUUCCAAAGAAAAGUGAAGAAUUUGGAGAGAAUAUAUUUUGCUAUGAUGAUGAAGGGGGUGGGGAAGAAGACUCAGAAGCCUUUGAUAUUUCAGAGUUGAGAAGCAGCAUAAUCAUGAGAGAAAGAAAGCCACAGAAAAGAAAGAGCAUGGAGAUCAGGAGCCUGUAUAGACAGUCCCUGCUGGUGGGCCCAGAAAGUGCUAUAUUCCAACAAUUCAUUCUAGAGAAGUUGGAAGAAGCUAAUACAGAUCCAUGUGCUCCCCCCUUUGACUCACUGCAAACUUUUGCUUUUGAGGGCACAGGAUCAUCAGCUGGCUCUUUGAGCUCCUUGGAAUCUACAGUCACUGAUCAAGAAGAUAAUAUUGACUACCUAAAUGAUUUGGGACCUCAUUUUAAAAGAUUGGCAUGCAUGUUUGGCUCUGCUAUGCAGCUUAACAACUAA